AUGUACCAACCCAGGCCGGCAGCGGGAGUGGGGCGCCCGCGCCCCGCUGCGAGCAGCAGCAGCAGCAGCAGCAGCAGCAGCAGCGCGAUUUCAGCUGCUGCGCCCCACAGAAGAAGCUUUGCUGCACCCACUGGGGCACUGGCCAGGGGGCCCCCCGGGGCCGGCAGCACAGCAGCAGCUGUGGGGGGCCCCCCAGGGGGGCCCCCAGGGGCCCCCGGUACCUCUCCCAGCCGCCCCAAGACCUUAGAUGCGCUGCUGGGUUCUAUGCUGCUGCGGGAGGGCCCUGCGAGCCGCAGCGCGCCAGCAGCAGCACAAGCUGAGGGUUCUGCUGCUGCUGCGCUGCAGCAGCACAGCAGCAGCAGCGUGGGGGUGCCGGGGGGCCUCCUGGCGGGCCUGGGGGGCGGCAGUUCUCCAGUUGCUGCAGCAGCAAAAGUUGUUGCUGCUUCUGCUGCAGACAUCUCUGCAGCAAAGAGCAGCAGCCCGGCCACGGCGCCCACUCGCAAGCGCUGGGACUUGCCUGCUGCAGCGGCUGCAGCAGACGACAGCAGCAGCAGCAGCAAGAGCCCCGUCGCCGCUGCAGCAGCGCGCGGGCAGCAGCAGCAGCAGCAGCAGCAGCAGCGGCGGCUGCCGCUCGCCAAGGGCUCCCCGCUGGGCACUGGGGGCGCCACCCCCAACAGUCUUGCUGCUGGUUUCUUUGCCCCUGCUUCAGCUCCCCCCAAAGAUGACACUCCUGCUGCUGCUGCUGCUGCUGCUGCUGCUUCUGUCUUCACGAGAAACAUCUCGCAGCAGCAGCAGCACGACGCCCAGCAGCAGCGCCAGCAGCAGCAGCAGCAGAAACCGACUCUUUGGGGGCUCAAGCGCGUGGGGGCUGCUGCUGCGGGCGGUGGGGCAGCGCCUGCAGCAGCAGCAGCAGCAGCAGCAAGGGGAGAAGACGGCAGCAAAGCUGCCCUGGGAUCUGUCUCGGCAGAUGGGACCUCUGCUGCUGCUGCUGCUGCUGCUGCUGCUGCUGCUGCUUCCCCGUCUAAGGGCAGGGAAGCAGCAGCAGCAGCGCAGGGCGAAGAGCCGGGCGCAGCUGCAGCCCCGGCGCCAACAUCAGCAGCAGCAACACCAGCAGCAGCAGCAGCAGCAGCAGCAGAGCCAGCUGCUGCUGAGGCCAGGCAAGGCCCAGUCUACACGCUGCAGCAGCUGCUGGCAGUCCACCUGCUGCAGCGGGAAGCAGAUGCAGCAGACGUUAAGGCUGUGCGCUCGCUGCAGCGGCCGGACCACCCCACAGCAUUCUUUGCUGCUUCUCUUGAGUCGCUGAAGCAGCAGCAGCAGCAGCAGCAGCAGCAGCAGCUGGCGCAUGCAGCGCGACCUGAGGGCCUAACCUCUGGCAGCAGCGAGCGUCCCGCUGCCUACGCUCGAGGAGGGGAGCAGCAGCAGCAGCAGCAGCAGCAGCAGCAGCAGCAGCAGCAGCAGCAGCAAGGGGCCUGGAUUGCGCGGGGCCCCGGCGAGGAAGCAAUUCGCCGAGGGCCAGAGACAGAGGGCCUGAGCCCCGAAGUGCAGCGGAGGUUCCCAGCCACUGAUAAGGCCCACGGCGACCUCCCCGAAGCAACUGGGGGGGCCCCCCUGGGGGCCCCCCGAGGGUCAUCUCCGCUGCACCUGCGGGCUGGCAGGCCAGCGGGGAGCGAGGGCGAGGGGACUCUGCAGCAGCAGCAGCAGCAGCAGCAGCAGCAGCAGCCGCGGUUGCCCUUUGCUCGCCGAAUGUUCGGGGAGUCCGCCGACCCUCAUGGCCCCCAGCAGCAGCAGCAGCAGCAGCAGCAGCAGCAGCAGGGAGCCCCUGCGGCGCUCGGCCUAGGGGGCGACAGCGGGCGCCGGCUGUGGGGCCAGGGGCUGCAGCAGCAGCAGCAGCAGCGCAGCGGGGAGGGGGAGUCUGCAGCAGCAGCUUCUUCUCGCAGCCACGACAUAACUGCACGAUCUCUUCGUGCAGAAAUGGGAUUAUUUGCUGCAGAAGCAGCAGACAGAAGUACCCAGGCCCACGCGGGGGGCCCCCGGGGGCCCCCCGCGUGGGCUGCUGCUGCUGCAGCAGGGGAGCACGGGGACACAGAAGGCAGGCAGCAGCUGCACAUGCGGCACAGGGGAGAAGGGGAGUCCCUCUUUGAAGGAGCAGCAGCAGCAGCAGCAGCAGCAGCAGCAGCACAAAACCCCACGACUCCAGCUCCGGGCUGUGGGGUUUGGGGGCGGACGGGAGUUGGUGCUGCUCGCAGCAGCAGGGCUGCUUCUUCGAGGCGGCACACAGCAGAGGAUGGCGCAGCAGCAGCAGCAGCAGCAACUGCAGCAGCAGCAGCUGCCCCCGGCGCCCUAAGGACUCAAAAGUCAGAUGAAUGCUCGUUUCAGAGGCUGGGCCUGCAGCGACAGCAGCAGCAGCAGCAGCAGCAGCAGCAGCUGCACCAGGCGCAGCAUCCGGGUGAAGCACCAGCAGGAGAGGGGCUGGUACGUUCUGGCUCGUCGGAAGUUCCAGGAGAUGCACAUAGAGACAGAGAGGCAGCAGCAGCAGCAGCAGCAGCAGCAGCAGGCGGUGCUGAUUCCUCUGAUGCAGGAGACAAGUUGGCUGCACUUCAGAGCGCUCAGCAGCAGCAGCAGCAGCAGCAGCAGCAGCCUCCAGAUGGUUUUAAAUGCGGUUUUGCUGCCCUCGCAGCCAUUUUAUCUUCGGCUCCCGACUCGAAGCAGCAGCAGCCUGACGGGGGAGACACAGGGGAUGCUGCUGCUGCUGCUGCUGCUGCUGCUGCUGCUGAAGGGUCUGCGGUUCCUUUGGAGCGCCGCGGCGAGCCCUGGGCGCAGCCGGACCCCCGCCAGUUGCCUCUGCAGCACGCAGAGCAGCAACAGCGGCAGCAGCAGCAGCAGCAGCAGCAGCAGCAGCAGCAGCCACAAGCAGACCCUUUCCUCCCGCAACGUGAGCAGACAGAUUUGUCUCCUUCCGUUGCAGCGUUUUGGGCAGAAGAGCCCAUUAUAAAGCGGAAGCCUCGUCAGCAGCAGCAGCAGCCGCCGCAGCAGCAGCACCAGGAGCAGCAGCAGCAGCUGCUGCUGCAGCAGCAGCAGCUGCUGCUGCAGCAACUAGGCGAGGGUUCAGCCCGUUCGUGGCCCAAUCUGGACACAGAUACAGACCAGCGUUCCUAUGCGAACGCGCAAGAGCAGCAGCAGCAGCAACAGCAGCAGCAGCAGCCGCAGCAGCAGCAGCGGGGCUCUUCUCUUCCUCCCUGCACCUUCUCCCGCGUCGAAUCUCUCUUGGAGAGAGGAGAACUGCCGGAGGAGAUUCAGCAGAUGCAGGGCCGGGCACUAGCAGCAACAGGAGCAGCAGCAGCAGCAACAGCAGCAGCAGCAGCGCUAGGCCCGGUCUCAGCUUCAGCAGCAAGCAGCAGGGAAAGAGACUUGACAGAAGACGCAAAUAUGGCGUCGCUGCAGCGGCUCUUGAGCAGUGAAAUGACAGACAAAGACUUGCAUGCAUUAGCAGCACAAGUCCACUCCAUGCGCUCUAGCGGCCCUGCGCGUGCUGCUGCUGCUGCUGCUCUGUCGCACUUCAUGGCAGUUGGGAAUGGACAGCAGCAGCCGCAGCAGCUGGAGGACUCUCAGCUGCCUCUCCACGGCGCAGGAGGCUUAGCUGCUGCAGCGCAGCAGCAGCAGCAGCAACGCCCAGAGAAUCCUCCGGCAGAUGCAGGGCUGCAGGCAAACCCAGAGGAAGGCCGUUAUGGACUUGGGGAGCCGCUGGCAGCAACUCGGCGUUCUUCGUCAGCCGUUUCUCGUGCUGCUGAUGACUUGUCUGUGGCAGCAGCACAGACAGCUGUUGCUGCUGCUGCUGCUGCUGUUGGCGACGAUGCUGGCGCCUGGGAAAUGUGGAUGCGCCGCUCGGGGCUGCCGCUGCAUCACCAGCAGCAGCAGCAGCAGCAGCAACUCCGGGCUGCUGCUGCAGAUAUGGCCCAAAUGCCUUCUGUUCAGACGCAUGAACGGCAGAUGCCACAGCAGCAGCAGCAAGUACAGCAGUUCUUCUUGCUGCAGCAGCAGCAUGCAGAGGCCAUGCACCGUCAACCUCUUGCAGGCACUCCUGAAGAUCAGCAGCAACCGCAGCAGCCGCAGCAGCAGCAGCAGCAGGGGAUUGUGAUGGGUCGUGCAGCGCAAAUGACAUCUACCCUGAAGAACCUCCUCGGGAUCGGCGGACCUCAUGGGCAGCACCAAGAGCCGCAGCAGCAGCUCAGACAAGUAGAUGAGCAGCAAAAGCUCCCCAUUGGCGCGUCUCCAGAAAAGCUGUCUGAGACGCAGCGGCAGCUGCAGCAAGCUCACCAGCAACUGCUGCAGCAGUCGAAAGAGCAGGAGCAAAAGCAGCAGCAGCAGCUAGAGAAGCAGCAACAGCAAGCGGAACAGCAGCAACAAGCACCAGCCCCUGCUCCACCUAAAACCUGGGCAGCUGCUAUGGAGGAGUCAUGCCGGCAGGAAAGGCAAAAGAAACAGCAGGAAAAGCAGCAGCAGCAAGAAAGACAGCAGCAGCAGCAGGAAAAACAGCAGCAAGACAAGCAGCUGCCGCAAAAGCCAGCUGAGAGGGAAAAGCACCCGCAAGACAAAAGGAACUCGCAGCAGCAGCAGGACAGACCACAAGAAAAGCAGCAGCAGCGCCAAGCGAAGCAGCAGGAACAGCAGCAACGCCAGACAAAGCAGCAAGAGCAGCAACAACAAAAGCAAGAGAAGCCGCAGCAGCUUCGUGAAAAGCAACAGAAGGCGCCUCAGGAGAAGGUCACUUCAAGCGUCACCAAGCCAAAGGCUGUCAUUGCUACUGCUGCUGGCGUUGCUGCAGCAGAGGCUGCAAAAGGUGGCUGGGAGGUAGCAGGUCACAAGGGCCAGCGCAAGAAGGAGCAACAGAAGCAACAGCAGCAGCAACAGCAACAGCAGCCGCACCAGCAACAGCACCUGCAGCAACAGCAUCUGCAGCAGCAGCAGCAGCAACUGUUGCAAGAGGUUAAGCAGCCUGAGCCGGACUCCAGGGCCCCCAAACUGCAGCAGCAGCAGAUAAGCAGGCGUGCUGCAGGAGAAGAUGCUUCAGGAGAGCAGCAGCGGAGGACUGGCCUGGGGGGCCCCGCUCCUUGGGUGGCAGUUACUGCAGCAGUUGCGAGUAGGCCUGUCACUUUGAAGGAAGUGAUGGAGUUGCAAAGUGCAGAACAGUCCAGGGAAGCAGAGGAAAGGAGAAGGGAGGAAGAAGCAGCCUUAAAAGCACAGCAGGAAGCGUCUGCUGCUCGCCUUCGGUGGGCUACAAUGCAGCGGAAGGACAACAACGGCCAGGUUAUUGCAGGCUGGGGGAACCCUGCGUCCUUGGGGCCCCCAGGUACCCUGGGGGCCCCAGGGGCCCCUUCAGUGGGCUCUUCUGAAGAUUUUCCGGAUCUCCUUGAAGGCGCAACGAACACCUACACCAACAGCAGCGGCUCCGUGACGCCAGCUGUAGUGACGCCUGCUGCUGGUGCUGGUGCAGCAGCAGCAGCAGCAGCAGCAGCAGGUGCUGUGACUCCAUCUCCGAUGGGCGGCGGCGAGGGCGCCUCCGGAACAGCUCGUAGAAAUGCCCCCAGUGCUAAAGGAAAGGUCAAGGGCAACACUCAGUCGCUCCAGGAUUUUAUUGCUGCUGCAUCUCACAGCAAGAAAGAGGGCAGCGCCUUGCCACUGGGCGCGACUGCGUGGGCGCAGGGGGCCCCCAAGGGCCUCGCUGCCUCAGUGCCGCCCUUGACCCCCAUUCAGCAGCAGCAGCAGCAGCAGCAGCAACAGCAGCAACAACAGCGAGCUGCGGCUCCUGCUUCUGUAAAGAAGGACGGAGAGGCAGCGGCGAAGGCCCCGGCGGUUUCCUCCUUAGGCACAAGGCGUUCUGCUGGCGAAGAGCUACCUGCCGUGACUACAGGAGCUCCAGCUGACAGUGGAUCUCCGAAACGUGCUGCGGCACAGCUACAAGAGUGGAAGUCGCUGUUGACGGAGUGCGAGCUGCCCUUGGAAGUUCCAAUACUGGAGUACCUUGCGAGCAUGAAUAACCCAUUGGAUGUGGAGGAAUUCCUUCUAGAGAGUUUCCCCAACAACAAGAAUCUUCGUCUUUUUGCGGAAAACUUUGUGAUGACGAACGACAAAUACCUGAAGAAGCCCCAAAGUGAAAAAGGGGGCGUUCAUGCAACAACCUGGGAGGCGAGCCAUGGAAAAGGAAGAUCACGGAAGAAAAAGCCUCAAGGCCGUCCAGUGGACCCGUCCUUAUUGGGCUUCUCAGUGAAAAACAGUCGCUUCGGUUCUGGCCUUGAGGGGGCCGACUGA